AUGGGUGACUCCUCCCCUCCAACUGACACUCUGGGUGAAUCCCCCGCCGUGGCUUUGAUCGGAAAAAUAAUGAUAAUCGUUAUAGUGAUGUUGUUCUUCCUUGUUGUAUUUGCUCUCGGCCUUCAUCUCUUCAGUAGAAACUUCUGGUGGCGCAACCCUGCUCCCCAAUCACACCGCCGCCGCCGCCGCUUUGUGUUUUCCACCGGUCAAGAGGGUGGUCUUCGAAGCGGACUGGAUCCCUCCGUGCUGAACUCCAUACCCGUGUUGGUAUUCCAAGCCCAAGACUUCAAGGAUGGUUUGGAAUGCGCGGUUUGCCUCUCGGAGGUCGUGGAAGGAGAAAAGGCCAGGCUUUUGCCUAAAUGCAAUCAUGGGUUUCAUGUUGGUUGUAUUGACAUGUGGUUCCAGUCCCAUUCUACCUGCCCUCUUUGCAGGAACUCUGUUGCUGCUCAAGCCGAUGAAAAUAUUGAUGCACAAAACUCAGAAUCAGAGUCUCCAACUUUUCCCACAAACGUCUUGGUUUGGGGGGAUCAAACUCAAAUAAGUUCUACCGGUGGUGCUUCUUCAGAGGAAGUUGCUUCUCAGACACCUUGCCCCUCCUCAUCUUCUGCCGCUCCUACUUCUGGUGAUGAUAACAACAAUAACAAUAAUAGCAGACGACAUGGAACGUUGGUGAUUGACAUACCAAGUGAUAUGACUCCAACUUCUUUGUCGCCUUCUGCAAGCAGGUUUGCUGAAGAUGACUUGAAAUCGCCAAUGACUGGAAGACUGAGGUCAUUGAAGAGGCUUUUGAGCAGGGACAGAAGGCUAAAUCCUUGGAGUCCUACUUCUGGGGAUGUAGAACUAGCAGCUAAUUCAGGGUGA